CUGUUUUCGAGUCUGUUCCAAAGAGGAUUCAACCGCCUAAGUGCGGACUGCGAGUUCGAACUUGUGUCUUCGCUUGAUAAAGUUUAAACGGUCACAAGCGUGAGGGAAGCGCAAGGUCCGAGUUCAGAAAGCGAUUUUACGUCACUAUGCUGGUAGAGGGAGGUCUGAAAUGGACGUAACUGGUCCGCUUUGAAGGAUAUUCACUACAUUUCCAUUUUAAGCCUGGGGAGGACGAAUUUAACGAAGCCUCAUGUUUUCGCCCAGCCAGGAGGAGCGCUGCACCCCCACGAAAGAGCCUGUGAAGUAUGGGGAGCUGGUGGUGCUGGGGUACAAUGGCUCCCUGCCAAGCGGUGACCGGGUCCGCAGGAAAAGCCGGUUUGCCCUGUUCCGUAGGACCAAAGCCAAUGGCGUAAAGCCCAGCACAGUGCACGUCCUCAGCUCGCCGCAGGCCAGCAAGGCAGUGAACUGCAGGGGGCAGCACAGCAUCUCCUACACCCUAUCCCGGAACCAGACGGUCGUGGUGGAAUACUGUCAUGACAAGGACACCGACAUGUUCCAGAUCGGUCGCUCUACGGAGAGCCCCAUCGAUUUUGUGGUGACUGACACGGUGUCCGGGAGCCAGGGCUCAGAGGAGACUCCCAUCACGCAGAGCACCAUAUCACGCUUUGCCUGCCGCGUGGUCUGUGAGCGCAGCCCCCCCUACACUGCCAGGAUCUAUGCCGCCGGCUUCGACUCCUCCAAAAACAUCUUCCUCGGGGAGAAAGCUGCCAAGUGGAAGAACCCGGAUGGUCACAUGGACGGCCUGACGACCAAUGGGGUACUGGUCAUGCACCCCAGGGGCGGCUUCACGGAGGACUCGCGGCCCGGCGUCUGGAGGGAGAUCUCUGUGUGCGGCGACGUCUACACGCUGAGGGAGACCCGUUCGGCUCAGACCCGUGGCAAGCUGGUGGACAGCGAGAGCAACGUGCUGCAGGAUGGCUCACUGGUGGACCUGUGCGGUGCCACACUGCUGUGGCGUACGGCGGAUGGCCUGUUCCACACACCCACACAGAAGCACCUGGAGGCGCUGCGGCAGGAGAUCAACGCGGCACGGCCCCAGUGCCCCGUGGGCCUCAACACGCUGGCCUUUCCCAGCCUGCAGCGCAGCCGCACCCUGUCCACGCUGGAAGACAAGCAGCCCUGGGUGUACCUGGCCUGUGGUCACGUGCACGGCUAUCACGACUGGGGCCACCGCUCAGAGCGGGAGUCCAACGCGCAGCGCGAGUGCCCCAUGUGCCGUGCCGUGGGCCCCUACGUGCCACUCUGGCUAGGCUGCGAACCCGCCUUCUACGUGGACGCGGGCGCACCCACGCACGCCUUUGUGCCGUGCGGACACGUGUGCUCCGAGAAGUCUGUCAAGUACUGGGCCGAGAUCCCACUGCCGCACGGCACGCACGCUUUCCACGCCGCCUGCCCCUUCUGUGCCACACAGCUGGAGCCCUCGCAGAGCUACGCCAAGCUCAUCUUUCAGGGGCCCAUCGAUUGAGGGGCGCCCCCCCUCCCCCCCACUGUGAAGCUCCCAUUUGGGUUUGUACUUACUGCCACCUUCAACUCUUGAGUCCCAUUCUGCCCCCCUCAGUUGACAUUUAGUUCCCCGCUCUGGUCUGACUGACAUCUGGGUGAGGGAGGGGCUCCUUUCUCAGGCUGGCUGUUCAGAUGAGUCCAACUUGCCUUCGCGCUACCACUUCAUCUCUACACGGAGUUGUCUGAACUGCUCUGGCGCAUUUUCAUGUUUUUAACAAGACAAAGAUGGCUAAUAAUGCAGAUGCUGCCCGCCUGGCACGCUCCGCUGUCUCUGAAGGGCUAACUUCCGGUCAACUGUGCUACUUCCUGUUGCUAAAACGCCAAGAUGUAGCGGAAGCGGGAAAGGAGGCGUGAGCUAUGGAAAGCGCUUGCUGUGUGGUCCUCGGAAGCUUUUUUUUUUGGGGGGGGGGGGCAUACAGCUGGACUGUUGGCUGGGAGCAGGACAGAAGGAGCCAAAAGCCUUGUGGGUAACUGGGUAACCACUCCCACUGGGUUCUGGGAUAUGAUUGGAUGAGGUGCCUGGAACGUUGCUCAGCCUGGAUGCCCAUCUCUGCAUCCAGGAGCAUUUCUCAGUGUGUGCGGUUGCCCUUCAUUAAUAUACAUGGACUGAUUUCAGAGUCCGCUGCCCCAGCCAAUCCCUCAGAAUGUUUUAAUAGAUGAUAUAACAAAGUACUUUUAAUUAAGAGGUUCUGAGUGGGGGUAGAGGGAUGUUUCAAAGCAAUAGUAAAUCCUGUGUUUUCCUAUUUCCCCCCCUAUUUUUCAGGAAUAUUUUCCUACACUGAGACUGUAUAGUUUUCUAAUUUAAAUGAUAAUAUAUUUUCUCUUGUAUGCUCUGAGUGCUCAUGUCAGGGUGCCUCUGCUUUCUGUUGCUGUCUGAUCGGCAGCUUCCUCAAGGCCCUCAGUGCUGUUUUAUUGAGCGCAUAACCCUGCCACUGCUUCCAUUAACCCUUAUUUCAGGUGUACAUGUGGUUUACUGCCACCCAGUUGUAGCGGUGAAUGUAUUACAUCGCCUGCAUGCCUUUCGCCCCGCUCUGGAUGCGUGGGACAGUCUGCUGGCUGCCGUCAGCUUUUCAGAUCGCGGCCUCUCUCCAUGACGCUUUCUGUCGUGUGGCCUCGUCCUGUCCCCUGUCUGCCACCCCCACACUCCCCCUGUGCUAUACGCUAUGUCGUAUUCCUCACGUCUGCGCUUUACUUUCAUCCCGCUUCGCCCGUUUGCCUUUUAUGCUUUUGUACCGCAGUUUUCGGCAGACCCCAGAUUACUUCUCGGUUUCGCUUUCUAGCUGCCUGCCGGCGGGAUUUCGCAGUUUCCGGCUCAUGUUGUAACAGGUGGCAUUAUUAAGCAGUUUGUAGACAGACCAUUCAAUUCAACACUAAAGGUGGUUUCCUUCUGAUGGCACACUUGCUGUUCAAGCCAAAGUCCCUGUCAGCCAGUAAAGGUGCUGCAUCUCUCUGUGCAAUCCAUUUACCAGGUGCAAUUAUGACCAAGACUGUCACCACAAGUGUGUAGGGUGGCAGUGUUAUAGGUUUUCUAAGUGCCGCAAUUAGUUCAGACACCUGGGGAGAGUGUCCGCUGAAUCCACAUAUUGGUGUGAAACCGUGCUUAUUCAGAAACACGCCGUUGAGAUAGUGCCCCAUGUGACGGCUCUUCCACUACUGUCCGUUAGCACAUGGAGGCCAGACCUUCGGAUCGACCUAAUCAAGGAGUCUGGAAAAACACUUGUGUGGCAGAUUUGGGGUACAAAGUGGAACAAACCGUAAAGGAGCCAAUGUAAGUGGUUAUCUUCCUGAGGAAACCACAGCAAUAAUCGUGACCUCAUCGAGGUCCACUUCAAUAUUUAUAAUGCCCAGCAACCCAUAAUGCUCAGUUGCUCUAAUAUGUGUGGAAUAUGCAAUAAAGAUGUCAGAAAAAUUCUGUGUGUUACAGAACUGCUGGGGAGACCCCUCAGUGAGCUCUAAGUGGUGUGGCGGUGCGGGAGGUAUACGUUUGCCCUGUCGCAUCUCAUUUACUGCUCAUUCUAACAUUCCUGUCUGGGGCUGGUCCUCCCACCACCAGGGGGUGCCACAAUUGUAUUUGUUUGUCCCUCAUCUUUUAUACAGUUGUUGGGGUGCUUGGGCACUCUAAAGGUUUACUUUACUAAAAAUAAAUGUUUAAAACAUCA